UAGAGGCCGCGAGAUGGGGAAGAUGGCAGCGGCCGUGGGCUCUGUGGCGACUCUGGCGACUGAGCCCGGGGAGGACGCCUUUCGGAAACUUUUCCGCUUCUACCGUCAGAGCCGGCCCGGGACGGCAGACCUGGAAGGGGUCAUCGACUUCUCGGCGGCCCACGCAGCCCGUGGCACGGGUCCUGGUGCCCAAAAGGUGAUCAAAUCUCAGCUAAAUGUGUCUUCUGUCAGUGAGCAGAAUGCAUAUAGAGCAGGUCUUCAGCCCGUCAGCAAGUGGCAAGCCUAUGGACUCAAAGGCUAUCCUGGGUUUAUUUUUAUCCCAAACCCCUUCCUCCCAGGUUACCAGUGGCACUGGGUGAAACAGUGCCUGAAGUUAUAUUCCCAGAAACCUAAUGUAUGUAACCUGGACAAACACAUGUCUAAAGAAGAGACCCAAGAUCUGUGGGAACAGAGCAAAGAGUUCCUGAGAUAUAAAGAAGUGACUAAACGGAGACCCCGAAGUUUACUGGAGAAACUGCGUUGGGUGACCGUAGGCUACCAUUAUAACUGGGACAGUAAGAAAUACUCAGCAGAUCGUUACACACCUUUCCCUUCUGACCUGGCUUUCCUCUCAGAGCAAGUAGCCGCUGCCUGUGGAUUUGAGGAUUUCCGAGCCGAAGCAGGGAUCCUGAAUUACUACCGCCUGGACUCCACACUGGGAAUCCACGUAGACAGAUCUGAGCUAGAUCACUCCAAACCCUUGCUGUCAUUCAGCUUUGGACAGUCUGCCAUCUUUCUCCUGGGUGGUCUUCAAAGGGAUGAGGCCCCCACGGCCAUGUUUAUGCACAGUGGUGACAUCAUGAUAAUGUCGGGUUUCAGCCGCCUCUUGAACCACGCAGUCCCUCGUGUCCUUCCAAAUCCAGAAGGGGAAGGCCUGCCUCACUGCCUAGAGGCACCUCUCCCUGCUGUCCUCCCGAGAGAUUCAAUGAUAGAGCCUUGUUCUAUGGAGGACUGGCAGGUGUGUGCCAGCUACCUGAAGACCGCUCGUGUUAACAUGACUGUCCGACAGGUCCUGGCCACAGACCAGAAUUUCCCUCUAGAACCCAUCGAGGAUAAAAAAAGAGACAUCAGUACAGAAGGUUUCUGCCAUCUGGAUGACCAGAAUAGCAAAGUAAAACGGGCCAGGAUAAACCCUGACAGCUGAGACUUGGAGAUCCCAUCCUUUUACUCAGGCACCUGCUUACCGUAAAUGACCAUGUUAUUGUGUAUUGCCGUGGACUUCAGCACCCAGACAAGCCAAAAACAGAGACAGGGAAGAACUCAUUGUUGAUCACACUGUUGCCUUGGAACCCAUGCAGAAGUAAACUCAGCCACUUUGCUCAGAGAAGUGUUUGACAUGGUCUGAUCCUAGUUACAUGUUGGCUGUAAUGUAUGUUGAGAAGUCAGUCCAAGGAGGUAUGUUCUUCCACAACAGCCUUCUCAGCCUCUGCUAUUUCCUUUGAGGAAGGUAGAAGUGAGUUUCCAUGUUUGCAGAGUAUUUAAAUACCUCAGAUUUUAUUAAUGGGAAUACAGUACCCCUCCCUCCACUCCAUCUGGUAAUUGAUGGUAAAAUUGUGGUUCCAUGAACCAGCUAUUAGUCUCAUCUUCUUAACUCCCUCAGGCAUCAUCAAAUUGUUUGAUCUUCUCUUCCACCUCUCUAGCUCUCACAGAAGAAUCCUUUACACAUGAAAACAAUGGAACUGGAAAGUCUUGUCUCUUAGAAAACAAAUUAAUCACAACUGUCUCUCUUGCCGAAAAGGUAAAUAUAGGUAAACCCAAGGAAAGGGGAAUUUAGUUUCUCCACACGUCAUUUCGGUCUCCAAACUCCCUGUUGGCUUUUUAAUGCAAUUUUAAUUGUUGGAGUAAAAAAGUCCCAAGGGUGUUUUGUUACUGUUUUCUCCAUGAAUAAACUCACUUGAUUUAAAAUUAAA